AUGGCCAUUAGGAAGCAUUUCAAGACGAGGGAAAAUCCGGGCUCAAAGGGUAAAUUUUUUCUGGAGAAGGUGUUGAAGGAACUUCCGGUAGAAGGACGCAUUGCUCUACUGCAGACCAAGUCCGAUCAAGAUUCAGAGCUAUACGAUUUUGAAAUUGGUAAGAGCCUGAAGCUUCCUUUGCAAAUGCGUCUUAAAUUUAUCUGUGAGAGACUAGGGUUAAUCCCAAAAUGGUGGCAGGCAGAUUCCACGACCCAACUGCAUUUUCUUCGAAAUACAACUCCAUUUAUCAUCAGAUUGUUCUCGGCAUCCAACCAGCAUUCUUUUACUGUGUCUUACCUCGUAAAGUCAUGUGGGUUGUCCCCAGAAACUGCUAUUUCUGCAUCCGAGAAGAUACACUUUGAAAACCCUAAAAAUCCAGAUUCUGUUCUCGCUCUUCUCAGAGACUCUGGAUGUACCAACACCCAUAUCGCCAAAAUCGUAACCAAGCUUCCUUCACUGCUCUUGGUCAAUCCUGAGAAGACCCUUUUGCCCAAACUCGAAUUUUUUCGUUCUAUGGGCCUUUCUAGUGCUGAUCUUGCUAGCAUCCUCUCUUCUGAGCCAAGUAUCUUGAAUAAGAGCUUAGAAAAGGUUCUAAUUCCCAAGCAUAAUUUCCUCAAGAGUGUACAUGUAAAUAAUGAAGGUGCCAUGAAGAUUCUCAAGAGGUCAUCCUGGAGUUCUAGUGGAAAGACCAUAGCUGCCAAUAUUGCUGUUCUGAGAGAAAUUGGAGUUCCCAUAUCCCAUAUCUCAUUUUUAGUGGUGCGUUAUCACACAAUCUGCCAAAAAAGUGAUAAAUUCAGUGAAAAUGUCAAGAAGGUUGUGGAAAUGGGAUUUAAUCCUUUGAAAUUUACUUUCGUGAAUGCACUCCAAGCAUUCUGUCAAAUGACUGAAUCAACUCGGCAACAAAAAAUGGAGAUGUAUAGGAGGUGGGGUUGGUCUGAAGAUGAGAUUGUGUCGGCAUUCAGAAGUCGUCCACAAUGUAUGCAAUUGUCUGAGAAGAAAGUUACCAAGGUGUUGGAUUUCCUUGUGAACAAAAUGGGUUGGCAGCCUGCAGUUGUUGCUAGGGCACCAGUAGCUAUCUGCCUCAAUUUUGAGAAGAGGGUUGUUCCAAGGUGUUCAGUGGUGAAAGUUCUGUUAUUGAAAGGGUUGGUAAAGAAGGAUUUGAGGUUAGAUCAUUUUCUGAGUCUCACUGAGGGGAAUUUCUUGGAUAAGUAUGUAAUCAAAUAUGAGGAUGACAUUCCUCAGUUGUUAGAUCUAUAUCAAGGGAAGGUGAGUUUUAUGGAGCUAGGAUUUGGAUCUGAAAAUUUUCUCGAGGAGAAGGUGCUGAAGGAACUUCCGGUAAAAGGAGACAUUGCUUGCAGACCGGAGUCCGUUCAAGAUUCAGAGCUAUACAAUUUUGAAAUUGGUGAGAACCAGAAGCUUCCUUUGCAAAUGUGUAUCAAAUUUAUCUGUAAGAGAAUAGGGUUAAUCCCAAAAAUGUGGCAGGCAGCUUCCACAGCCCAACUGCAUUUUCUUCGAAAUACAACUCCAUAUAUCUUCAGAAGUUUCUCAGCAUCCAACCAGCAUUCUUUCACAGUGUCUUACCUCGUAAACUCAUGUGGGUUGUCCCCAGAAACUGCUAUUUCUGCAUCCGGGAAGAUACGCUUUGAAAACCCUAAAAACCCAGAUUCUGUUCUCGCUCUUCUCAGAAACUCUGGAUGUACCAACACCCAUAUCACCAAAAUUGUAACCAAGCUUCCUUCACUGCUUUUGGUCAAUCCUGAGAAGACCCUUUUACCCAAACUCGAAUUUUUUCGUUCUAUGGACCUUUCUGGUGCUGAUCUUGCUAGCAUUCUCUCUUCUAGGCCAAGUAUCUUGAGGAAGAGCUUAAAAAAUGUUCUAAUUCCCAAGUAUAAUUUCCUCAAGAGUCUAAAUAUCAGUAAUGAAGAUGCCGUGAAGGUUCUUAAGAGGUCAUCCUGGAGUUCUAGUGGAAAUCUGGAGAGGACCAUAGCUGCCAAUAUUGCAGUUCUGAGAGAAAUUGGAGUUCCCAUAUCCCACAUCUCAUUUUUAGUGGCGCGUUAUCACUCAAUCGGCCAAAGGAGCGAUAAAUUCAGUGAAAAUGUCAAGACGGUUGUGGAAAUGGGAUUCAAUCCUUUGAAAUUUACCUUCCUGAAUGCUCUCCAAUCAUUCUGUCAAAUGACUGAAUCAACUCGGCAACAAAAAAUGGAGAUGUAUAGGGGGUGGGGUUGGUCUGAAGAUGAGAUUCUGUUGGCAUUCAGAACUUGUCCACAAUGUAUGCAAUUGUCUGAGAACAAAGUUACAAAGGUGUUGGAUUUCCUUGUGAACAAAAUGGGUUGGCAGCCUGCAGUUGUUGCUAGGGCGCCAAUCGCUCUCUGCCUCAAUUUUGAGAAGAGGGUUGUUCCAAGGUGUUCAGUGGUGAAGGUUCUGUUGUUGAAAGGGUUGGUAAAGAAGGAUUUAAAGUUAGGUCAUUUUCUGAGUGUCACUGAGGGGGAUUUCGUGGAUAAGUAUGUAAUAAAAAAUCUGGAUGACAUUCCUCAGUUAUUAGAUCUAUAUCAAGGGAAGGUGAGUUUUAUUGAGCUAGAAUUUGGAUCUUAG